AUGUCGCGCUCGGUGCUGCAGCCCAGUCAGCAGAAGCUGGCGGAGAAGCUGACCAUCCUCAACGACCGGGGCAUCGGCAUGCUCACCCGGCUCUACAACAUCAAGAAGCAAGGACAAGUUUGGAAGGCAUGUGGGGACCCCAAAGCAAAACCAUCAUAUCUUAUCGACAAAAACCUGGAAUCUGCUGUCAAAUUCAUAGUCAGAAAGUUUCCAGCUGUAGAAACACGCAACAACAAUCAACAGCUUGCUCAGCUACAGAAGGAAAAAUCAGAGAUUCUGAAGAAUCUGGCUUUGUAUUACUUCACAUUUGUUGAUGUUAUGGAAUUUAAGGACCAUGUUUGUGAGCUGCUGAAUACUAUUGAUGUUUGCCAAGUCUUCUUUGAUAUUACUGUAAACUUUGAUUUAACAAAGAACUACCUAGAUUUGAUUUUAACCUAUACAACACUAAUGAUACUGCUGUCUCGAAUUGAGGAAAGGAAGGCAAUCAUUGGAUUGUACAAUUAUGCUCAUGAAAUGACGCAUGGAGCAAGUGAUAGAGAAUAUCCACGUCUUGGACAGAUGAUUGUGGAUUAUGAGAAUCCUUUAAAGAAGAUGAUGGAGGAAUUUGUACCUCACAGCAAGUCCCUUUCAGAUGCUCUAAUUUCACUCCAGAUGGUCUAUCCCCGAAGAAAUCUGUCAGCUGACCAGUGGAGGAAUGCACAACUAUUGAGCCUCAUCAGUGCCCCGAGUACAAUGCUUAAUCCUGCACAGUCAGACACAAUGCCAUGUGAAUACCUCUCUCUGGAUGCAAUGGAAAAAUGGAUUAUUUUUGGGUUUAUUUUGUGCCAUGGAAUCCUGAAUAGUGAUGCUACAGCUUUGAACCUUUGGAAACUCGCUCUUCAAAGCAGUUCUUGCCUGUCUCUAUUUCGAGAUGAAGUUUUCCAUAUUCACAAAGCUGCAGAAGACUUGUUUGUGAACAUAAGAGGCUACAAUAAACGGAUUAAUGACAUAAGAGAGUGCAAAGAAGCUGCUGUAUCACAUGCUGGAUCAAUGCAUAGAGAACGACGCAAGUUUUUACGGUCUGCACUGAAAGAACUAGCUACUGUCCUGUCCGAUCAGCCAGGCUUGUUAGGUCCCAAGGCACUUUUUGUAUUUAUGGCAUUAUCCUUUGCUCGUGAUGAAAUUAUUUGGCUUCUUCGUCAUGCAGAUAACAUGCCUAAAAAGAGUGCAGAUGACUUCAUAGAUAAGCACAUAGCUGAACUGAUAUUCUACAUGGAAGAGCUCAGAGCUCAUGUGCGAAAAUAUGGACCAGUGAUGCAGAGAUAUUAUGUGCAGUAUCUCUCAGGUUUUGAUGCUGUGGUCUUAAAUGAACUUGUGCAGAAUCUUUCAGUGUGCCCUGAAGAUGAGUCAAUCAUCAUGUCCUCCUUUGUAAACACUAUGACUUCCCUGAGUGUGAAACAAGUUGAAGAUGGGGAGGUGUUCGACUUCAGAGGAAUGAGAUUAGAUUGGUUUAGAUUGCAGGCCUACACCAGUGUGUCUAAGGCUUCACUUAGUCUUGCCGACCACAGAGAACUUGGAAAGAUGAUGAAUACAAUUAUUUUCCACACAAAAAUGGUAGAUUCCUUGGUGGAGAUGUUGGUGGAAACAUCAGACCUUUCUAUAUUUUGUUUUUAUAGUCGUGCUUUUGAGAAGAUGUUUCAGCAGUGUUUGGAGCUGCCCUCUCAGUCGAGGUAUUCAAUUGCAUUCCCGCUGCUUUGCACCCACUUUAUGAGCUGCACCCAUGAGCUGUGUCCAGAAGAGCGACAUCAUAUUGGAGAUCGCAGUCUUUCCUUGUGUAACAUGUUCUUGGAUGAAAUGGCUAAGCAGGCUCGAAAUCUUAUCACAGAUAUUUGCACGGAACAGUGUACACUGAGUGACCAGCUGCUGCCAAAGCAUUGUGCCAAAACAAUCAGUCAAGCAGUGAACAAAAAGUCAAAAAAACAGACCGGAAAGAAAGGGGAACCGGAGAGGGAGAAACCGGGAGUAGAAAGCAUGAGGAAAAACAGAUUGGUGGUGACCAACCUGGACAAACUGCACACUGCACUUUCCGAGCUCUGCUUCUCAAUCAAUUACGUACCAAACAUGGUUGUCUGGGAACAUACGUUUACCCCAAGGGAGUACUUAACAUCUCACCUGGAAAUCCGUUUUACCAAGUCAAUUGUUGGAAUGACUAUGUAUAAUCAAGCAACACAAGAGAUUGCAAAACCUUCAGAGCUGUUAACGAGUGUAAGAGCCUACAUGACAGUACUCCAGUCAAUAGAAAAUUAUGUGCAGAUUGACAUAACAAGAGUAUUUAACAAUGUUCUUCUUCAGCAAACCCAGCAUUUGGAUAGUCAUGGGGAGCCAACUAUUACCAGUCUGUACACAAAUUGGUAUUUGGAAACCUUGCUAAGGCAAGUCAGCAAUGGGCAUAUAGCAUAUUUCCCAGCAAUGAAGGCAUUUGUGAACUUGCCCACAGAAAAUGAGUUGACGUUUAAUGCUGAAGAAUACUCUGACAUAUCAGAAAUGAGGGCCCUCUCAGAACUACUAGGACCAUAUGGCAUGAAGUUCUUAAGUGAAAGUCUUAUGUGGCACAUUUCCUCACAGGUUGCUGAACUUAAGAAACUUGUGGUGGAGAAUGUUGAAGUGCUAACACAAAUGAGGACCAGCUUUGACAAACCAGACCAGAUGGCAGCACUCUUUAAAAGAUUAUCAUCUGUUGACAGUGUUCUGAAGAGGAUGACCAUUAUUGGCGUAAUCUUGUCUUUUCGCUCAUUGGCACAGGAAGCACUUAGAGAUGUCUUAUCCUACCACAUUCCUUUCCUUGUAAGUUCAAUUGAAGACUUUAAGGAUCACAUUCCAAGGGAGACUGACAUGAAGGUGGCAAUGAAUGUAUAUGAGCUGUCAUCUGCUGCUGGAUUGCCAUGUGAGAUUGAUCCUGCCUUGGUUGUAGCACUGUCUUCCCAAAAAUCAGAAAAUAUUAGUCCAGAAGAAGAAUAUAAAAUCGCCUGCCUUCUCAUGGUCUUUGUGGCAGUCUCCUUGCCAACUUUAGCCAGUAACGUGAUGUCUCAAUAUAGCCCUGCCAUUGAAGGGCACUGCAACAACAUACAUUGCCUGGCAAAAGCUAUCAACCAGAUUGCUGCAGCUUUAUUUACCAUCCACAAGGGAAGCAUUGAAGACCGUCUUAAAGAAUUUUUGGCUCUUGCAUCAUCUAGUCUACUGAAAAUUGGUCAGGAGACAGACAAAACUACUACAAGGAACAGAGAAUCUGUUUAUUUACUGCUAGACAUGAUUGUGCAGGAGUCUCCAUUCCUGACAAUGGAUCUUUUGGAGUCUUGUUUCCCUUAUGUCUUGCUGAGAAACGCAUACCAUGCUGUCUACAAACAAAGUGUCACAUCCUCUGCAUAA